AGAUAAUGGAUGGAUGAUUCAAAGACUUUAAACAAGGUGGAAAAUGAUACAUGAAGAUUACUACAACUAAAAACAACAACUUAACUUUGCCCAAGACAACUAUAAUAGGUUUUUUUAAAAAAAUACAAAGCAAGCUUUUCUUCCCCUUUAGCAGAAUGAUAGUGAGGUGCAGCCAUUGUGUGCUGGAAAAUGGGCUGGCUAAGCGAGACUGGACUUUACACUGAAAAAAAGGGAAAAGGGGGGUUGUUCAAUUGUUAAAUAUGCAAUUUGUAUGCAAGACAUGAUUGUUUUAUGUUCCACAUCUAAACAUAUAUUAGUCAUGUAAAACUAUUAUAACCUUGAGGGAUGUUAAAUCUUUCAAUCUCAGUCAUGUAAAGAAUUUAGAAAAAAGUUAUGUUUUGUCUGGAAACUCCGCCCACAUCUCAGCAGAACAGACGUCACAGUUCGUCAUCUUUUCACUGGAGUCAGGCAAUCCAUGCAGAUCGGAGGAGCUGCUUACAAGGGUAGGCAAUUAGGGUUGAGAUGGUUGGCCACUGCUUUGCUUUGUAGUUCCAAAGGCUCUGUAGUAAAUGUGAAUGUGGCAGUGUAAGGGGUGUUCAGUAGCCGUUGCAAACCAAGGCGUAGAAGAAUGAAUACCCCAGCCAUUCUCAAAGUCAUCCUGGGUGACAACACCAGCCAAAGGUUGACUUUCCAAAAUGGGCUUCCUGCAUCUGUUGAUGAACUUGUUGGCGAGGUACGAAGACAAUGUUGUCUUAACUCUGACUUCAAACUUCAAUUCAUGGAUGCACUUUUUGGAAAUGACUUUAUGAAUAUCACAUCAAUGGAUGAAGUUCAGGAUAGAGGGACUAUCAAAAUAAUCCCCAUGACAGAGGUCUCAACUCCCCAUUGUUCUACUGUUUGUGUUCAUGAAGAAUCAUCAUCUCUGACUAGUAGUUGUGUGGACACCGACAUACUCUCCUCACCAGAAUCAGGAUCAUCCGGAAGUAGGUCCGUUUGGCCCACUAUCUUCCAUGUUCCUCAGUUUUGCUGUGAUGCAGAGCUAAAACUUGAGCGAGGUAAUGCAGCAUACAGAGAAGAGGGUGCCGUGCUUACUCCAGAUCCUAAACUGAGGUCAAAUAUUCUCGAAGGACUGGUGCAAGAAAUAGUUAGGUACAAAGUUUAUGUCACUGAUAAGCAGUUUGACAUGGUUGGAGAGGCCCUCAUCUCAAAGCAUCCAUGCCUGUCUGAGAAAGGCUCCCUCUCUGGAUAUGCUGGGUGGAAAGCCAGUUUAAAGAAUAAACUGGCAAUCUACCGCACUCACUUGAGGAAGCUGGGGUGUCCUGAAGUAAUGGUUAACGCUCUCAAGGACAAACCAGAGGGCAAAUCAAGUGCUGCUUUCGGAAUUAAAAGACCAAGGCGGGCCGAAGUGAACUACUGUCCACCUUAUCCUACUGGAGAAUCUGACAUGAGCCUUGAGAAGGUGAGACUGGAACUUCUUUCAGAUAUGCAGAAGAGAAACAACAGGGAGGUGGUGAAGAUGAAAAUGGAGAAGACAUUUGCAUAUAGGAGACAUGAAGUGGUACGCGAUGCACCAAUGAUACACGACUUCCAGGCAAGAUGGCCAGCACUCUUUGAAGUGAAUGAGAUAAAUGCAGAAUUUAAGCGCAUUACCACUAUGCCCCUGCAAUCCAAAUUUCUCUCACGGCUGGAUGUGCUAUCUGACAGACGUCUGAAGCUAUUUGAAAAAAGAGGAGGUCAGAUAGGCAAGCGUCUGCAGAGCAUUGUGGCACACAUGAGUCAAGAUGAAGAUGUUGAUGUAAGGCGGGACAGUGUUCUGAAGGGGCUGAGUGUGUACCUCAAUGAGGACCCAGCAAAUCUAGCAAGAGAGUUUGUGGCAGAAGACGAAGCCACCAUCAGAGCAUCACUUGAUGAGACCACAAUGGGAAUAUUUGUCAUCAAACAUGAGGCCACCAGUCAUCCAGACGACAUAGGAAUUGUCCUUGAAGGCCAGCAGGUUCUUCAUGAUCUGGACAGCGUUGGAUUCGCUGCUGCUAUGUUGUUUGGUCUAAUGUAUGCAAUGAACCUCAACUAUCCUCCUGAACUGAAGUUCACUUUCGAAGUGCUUCAGAAAGUUGUUAUGGAGCUGGAUGGCAACAUGCUUUCGAAGAAAGCCCAAGUACUCAAAAACAGACUCUACGAGUGAUCUUUUACUAUGGAGCACUGCUGCACUUUCAUGGCAAGCACAAGGACAAAGGCGUGCAAUGAUGUUUGUGUUCAAUUUCCUGCAUCAAAGUGCCUUAUUGUAUUGGCAUGUGUGUUCAACCUUUGUUCAGAUUUGGUACAUUCAGUGCUAAAUAUAAUUGGGGGAAAGCAAGCCAUGAAUACUGUGCCAUGUUUGAGCCAUUUGGGAAAGUCAGAUACAGUUUUUUCUCUGGAAAAUAAUUGUUUCCUUUACACUUGUCUUUUUUCAGACAGUAGUAAAAUUUUAUUAUACUGGUUCCUGCUUUACUGUCUACAAGUUGCUAAAAGAAUUAUUAUUUGCAGUUAACAAAUGUGGAACAUCUACUCAGUUUAAUUGUGGGAGCUGUUCUAAUGACUGGUGUUACAUUAGAUUGUAGCAGUUAUAGAUGUCUGUGAUGCUCUCUUAAGAAUAUACUGUUCUUAUGAAGGAAAAUGUGAUAUGUGUUGCAUGCGUAACACUGAUAUGGUUUUUGACCGUGAUUCCCUUUUCUUGUUUUAUAUAUUUUCAUUCUUUUUCCAGGUAUAGUCGAUGAUAGAGAGUGAAAAAUGCAAACACCUCUUGUGGAUUUGGUAAAGUUGUUUAACUGUUUGAGAAAAUACAGCUGUUGUUAAAAAACA